AUGGCGAGCGUGCUGUCCCGGCGCCUGGGGAAGCGCUCCCUGCUAGGCACCCGCGUCUCUGCCCCCAGCGCCUUGGCCGAGGGGGUGCUGGUGGCCACUCAGAUCCCUGGAUUGCCAAUGGACCUCGGCCGGGCUCCUGCCCACGCUGCGCCGCGCGAGGAGGGAUCCUGUGCACUGCCAGCAGAGGAGAGCAGCCAGGCACACAGGUUUCCCAGCCACCGGCAGCUCCACACCGGGCAGCAAGUCCUCAUCACUUACAACGGGCAGGAGUGCUCCGGCCUGGUGGAGCAGCACAAUGUGCUGAGUGAGCAGGCGAAGGUGCUGGUGCCAGAGCAGGGCUUGCAGGCGUGCUGGAGGGUGCAGGACGUGCUCCAGCCCCUUGCCCUGCCCACAGCUGGCACUCCCGGUCCUGCCGAGGCGCUGCAGAGAUCUGUGUCCAGCAAUAUCGAUGUACCCAAGAGGAAAGCUGAUGCUGCUGUGGAGAUGGAUGAGAUGGUGGCAGCCAUGGUGCUGACGAGCCUCUCCUGCAGCCCUGUGGUGCAGAGCCCUCCCGCCGGCGAGAGCGGCCUCCCCCCCUCACGGGCAGCGUGUGAUCCCUGGAAGGAGAGCGGUGACGUGUCGGACAGCGGCAGCAGCACCACCAGUGGGCACUGGAGUGGGGGCAGUGACAUCUCCACCCCAUCACCUCCCCACCCUGCUGGCAGCCCCAAGUACUCCAGCGAGGCCCUGAGCUCCCCCCAGGCAGACGAUGGCUUUGAGACUGACUCUGACCCCUUUCUCCUUGACGAGCCUGCUCCGCGCAAGAGAAAGAACUCGGUGAAGGUGAUGUACAAGUGCCUGUGGCCGAGCUGUGGCAAGGUCCUGCGCUCCAUCGUCGGCAUCAAGCGGCACGUCAAGACCCAGCACCUCGGGGACAGCGCAGAUUCCGACCAGCGGAAGAGGGAAGAGGAUUUCUACUACACCGAAGUGCAGGUGAAGGAAGAACCAGCACCAGAGGCAGCUGCUGCCACCAGCCCCAUGUCCACAUCUGCCCCCAUCAUCAUCCAGCAGGCCCUGGCGAAGCCGGAGGCGCUGCUGGUGGAGCAGCCGGUGCUGGAGCCUGCCCUGGCCAGCAGCGCCCUGAGCCAGUCUGCCCCCAGCUCCUUCUGGCACAUCCAGGCGGAUCAUGCCUACCAGGCAUUGCCCUCGAUCCAAAUUCCAGUGUCCCCCCACAUCUUCACCAGCAUCAGCUGGGCCACUGCCACCUCAACUCUCCCGUCCCUGUCGCCGGUGCGGAGUCGGUCACUCAGCUUCAGUGAACCCCAACCGCCGACGCCGAUGAUCAAGUCCCACCUGAUCGUCGCCUCACCGCCCAGGGUGUCCAUCGGCACCAGGAAAGUCCGUGGGGAAGCCAAGAAGUGCCGGAAGGUGUACGGCAUCGAGCACCGGGACCAGUGGUGCACAGCCUGCCGGUGGAAAAAGGCCUGUCAGCGCUUCCUGGACUGA